AUGAUCGACCAGAGCGCCGCGGAGGAGGUGGGGAGGAACGCUGCGAAGCCCAGUAGCAGUAGCAAGGAUGCUGAUGAUAAGCGGAAGGUGACAAUGAUUUCGGAUGAUGAUGACGACAUUGACCUCCCCCCACCAACGCCAAAGCAGCAACAACAAAAACAACAGUCAUCCACUAAUACAAAGCCUGUCAUUGAGUUCGAUGAUGACGAUUUGUAG